GGGUAUAAAGAGGGAGCCGGGGCUGCCCCCGCGCCAUAGGCACAGGUGAGCCCGGCACAGCCAUGAAGGCGUCGCUGCUGUUCCUGCUCGCCUGCACGGCCGUCCUGGCGGUGGGAGCAAGGGCCGACUCGCCCGAGGAGCCGAAGGCGCUGGUGCAGAAGGUGCAGGAGCUGACCCAGAAAGCCACGGCCAUGGCCAAGGACGCCUUCAGCAGGGUGCGGGAGUCGGAGGCGGCAAAGCAGGCCAGGCAGUGGCUGUCGGACAACGCGGAGCUGGCGAAGCAGCGGCUGGCGUGGCUGAAGGAGCAGCUGGCGGAGCUGCUGAAGAAGACUCCGGCCGCGUAGCCUCACCGGGGGCUGCUCGGGGUCUGUCGGGGCCGGGGACCCCCCGGCUCCCCCCCGCUGUCGUGGUGCUCUCAAUAAAGCAGGGCUGAGGCAAA